AUGUGCUUCGACGACAGCACCAGAUACACCACGAGAACUCGCAUUGAGAAUGGCGUGCGCUUCAAGGAGGAAGUGGUCGCGCCUCGUCAUCGAAGCUCCUGGCGCCGCAGGUAUGGAGCUCGUUACUAUCCCUCGAAGUACUACACCCGCCCUCCUCGGAGUCACUGCGUAGGAGGUGGCAUGUCCUACCCUGCCCGCUAUCCUGCAAACGUUAGCUACCCUCGAGCUGUGGCUGCGACAGCGAUAGUGCCUCGAGGCUAUGGAAAUGGUGCUGGAGGGUAUAUGUCUGGUGGUCGCGCUCUGAUGCCGAGCUCCCAUAUUCUCCGCCCCACACACUUCCACCAUCGUCCAAACACUUCCACCACCACCACUCGUCGAAUUCCUCAGAGCCUCGAAAAAAUGGUCACCGAGGGCUACCCAAAGCCUCGCCAUAACUACGUCUACACGCCUCGAUACGGCCAGCGCGGCGUCCUCACCUACGCAGGCCAGCAGGCAAACGGCGCUUACCCCUCCGGCGUUGCAGGCGGCGUCAUGUCUGGCUACGGCUACGGCUACGGCGCUGGAGGUAUAGGCUAUGGCGCUGGCGGUGUAGGCUACGCAGGCGGCGCAUACCCGGUAUACAACACUUCAACUUACUCUUACCCCUACUCCGGCGCCAGCUACUACGGCUCGAGUUACUAUCCAAGCUAUUCCACCUAUGGUGGACUUGGAAGCUACUACAACUACGGACUCUAUGGCUCCAUGUACCCACUUGCUAACUUCUAUGCUCCAUAUCAGAGGUCUUACUACAAUACGAUGCCCACGUACGGUCAGACAGCUUACGUCUACCCACCUGGUCCGACUGCGACGACGACGACCUACCACGUCACCAACAGCCAUGCCGGAGUCACUACUGCGCCACCAGCUCCAAUGAGGACGGCAUGCGCACACACCACCACACGCGAGGACGUCCAGAUGGAAAACAGACGUAUUGCGACCGAGCGCGGCGCAUACAGCGCUAGGAGGAUCAAGCCUGCCGAUGCUCGCGACGAUGACCCUUUCUGGUGCAAGGAGCGCAAUGGCGAGUGGCAUCUGAGGACCUUUUACCAGAUCGAGAACGAGUGCUACCCGGGCCAGUGGCUUAUGGAUGCGGAGAAGGGCUUCCUCGUCUUCCAUCGCGGUUGA